UUUCCGCCCCCCUCUGAACCGGUGUUUACAUGCUGAGCAGGCUGUGGAUGAGUUCCCCGCACAGAAGUGGAGCCGGAGAGUGACACACCUGCACAUAGGAUAAUAUUACUCUGCCUGCAGCCAUGAAGGGACCAAGUACUGAGAUGUUGGAGGAUGAUGCGGCAACCACCGAUGAGGAGGAAGUACCGGAGCACCUGACAGAGGAGCCUUCAGAUUCUGCCAAGGACAACCCAGACCCACCAGCUGGGGUAAUCUGGAGAGUAACAGGAGGACUAUACAGCAUGACCCGCGGGGCUGUGGGAGCCACCCUAGGAAGUGUUGCAUGGGUGGGCAGUAGAAGCCUAGAGCUGACGAAGACCGCAGUUACCAGCGUGCCAGCUGCCGGUGUGGGACUGGUUAAAGGAGGAGUGUGGGCAGUGACUGGUGGAGUUGGAGCUGUUGCCAGCAGGGUCUCCUUUGCCCCCAAGAAAAAGGACAAAUUUGAUUAAACAAAGUACACAGCCCCUUCUCAGAAUCCGCUUGUGUCCCAUCAGUUACCAGCAGUUGGAGGCUUUCUCUGUACCUUUCUUCAGGACCCAGUUAUCAUCUGUUGAUCACCACCCUUUCGGUCCAGAGCAGAAGAUAAGCCUCUUAGUUUCCCCCAUGCAUUGUAAUAUAUAAGUACCAGCUAUCGUGGAGGAAGAACAAUGCCUGUCACUCAAGAAGCCGUAUAGAGCCUGUUAUGUUACAUGCGCAGUGCAGGGUGUAGUAAAUAGUUUAUCUAAAAUAAAAUGAUCUCAUGCAGGGUUUAACACCAGUGUAGGUCAGCAUUAGGCUGCAGUGUUCCCUAGCAUGCUGAUUACUUCUAGAUAAGGAUAUCUUGUGCUACUACUGUAGGUGAGUGUAAGUAGUAAAUACAGGGAGCAUUCAUUUACAAUAUUGAAACUUUAUCUCAAUUUCCUUAAGAAGUUGCAUUUCUGCUACCUAUUCUGAGUCAGUUGCAUCUGCAAAUCUUGAGCUGCCACUCUCCUCUUGGCUAGCACUCCCUCACCAUUGGCUACCAGUCCCUCCCCUUGGCUGUCACUAAUUUUCUAUUGGCUGCCACUCCUACCAAGGCUUCCACUCCCACCCCAUUGGCUACCACUCCCUCCCAAGGCUGCCACUGCCUCCCCAUUGGCUACCACUCCCUCCCAAGGCCUCCCCUGCAUACCACUUUCUCCACUUGGCUGCCACUGCCUCCCCUUGGCUGCCACUGCCUCCCCUUGGCUGCCGCCUCCCCUGGCUACCACUGUCUCCCCUUGGCUGCCACUGCCUCCCCUGGCUACCACUCUCUCCCCUUGGCUGCCACUGCCUCCCCUGGCUACCACUCUCUCCCCUUGGCUGCCACUGCUUCCCCUGGCUACCACUCUCUCCUUGGCUGCCACUGCCUCCCCUGGCUACCACUCUCUCCCCUUGGCUUCAACUGGCUCUCCUGGCUACCACUCUCUUCCCUUGGUUGCCACUGCCUCCCCUGGCUACCACUCUCUUCCCUUGGUUGCCACUGCCUCCCCUGGCUACCACUCUCUCCCCUUGGCUGCCACUGCCUCCCCUGGCUACCACUCUCUCCCCUUGGCUGCCACUGCCUCCCCUGGCUACCACUCUCUCCCCUUGGCUGCCACUGCCUCCUCUGGCUACCACUCUCUCCCCUUGGCUGACAAUGCCUCCCAGUCUCUCCACUUAGCUGCCGCUGCCUCCCCUGGCUACCACUCUCUCAUCUUGGCUGACAAUGCCUCCCAGUCUCUCCACUUAGCUGCCGCUGCCUCCCCUGGCUACCACUCUCUCCCCUUGGCUACCACUCUCGCCCUCCCAAGGCUGCUACUGCCUCCCCUGGCUACCACUCCUCCCCCUUGAUAUUCCUGGCUGAGAUGAGGCGUGAAAAAUUCAAAAAAUCACAGCACACAAUGGAAAUAUAUUGAAGUUAAUGGCUGGAAUGUGCUGCUAAUAAGUACCCAAGAGACUAGGGGCAUCUAAAUUGCUCCACGAAGUAGAUGCAAAUAUGUUGUCUUUAUUUAUUUUAAAUUUCCACACCAACAAAUAUAUGUGCAGGCUUCCCCUCCCCCAAUUGUGCAUGGAUCAGUCUUUAUUUCUGUAGAACCAGGGUUCUGUGCAGUGUAGAGGUGACUUUGUAAGCGCUGCUCCUGCGGUUCUCAUGCAUUUGGAUAAUUAGUUGUGUUUUCCACAUCUGCAAUGAAUUGGACGCAGUUGUCAUUCGUUGCUCUGCAGUCAUCCCUAUCAACCUCACACUUACACCAAGGUCAGGGCCCUUCAGUAGGCUACUUUUGAGACUUUUUGGCAGGCCAUGCUUAUAUUAACUUUUGAGUUCAUGCCAAGAACACAUAUACUUCCAUUGCAGCUGUGGUCACAUGCACGCCAACAUCCAGUGAGUACAAGCCCAUUCGAGCGCCAGUCUCAGCAGCCUAGUCGCAGACGAAGAAAAAAAUCACAAGGUGAGACAGUAAAAAGUCUUAACUCUCAACUGACUCUGAAUAAAGCCCAUUGUGUGGUUUGGAGACGUUCUUUUAAAAAAAAAAAAAAAAAACAUUGCAGGGACAUUCCAUAAUUCAGCAUUUUAGCUCCCCACCUGCACAUCCAACAACUUAACUGAAAAGUGAGGGCAGAAUAACCUUAUGAGGAGACACUAGACACAUUUUAAAUAUUGGAGAAGGUCUUGCCAGCGUCACACGGCGUUCUACCCAGAGAAUAGAGGGGUGGUUUGAAAUGGGAAAGUAAAGCUGUUCUUGAAAACGGAGAAAAAACACAGUUUUUACUGCACUGUGCGCCUAAUUUGUUUAUACGCAAUGACCAAUGUGCACCCAUCUGAGAGAUUAUUGUCAAACUGCACACGUGCCGUUAUCGUAAUGCGCAUGUGCGAGGGUUCCGCUGCAAUCCCGCUCACACUGAGAACUUUGUUGUAGAGUGAUUGACAGGUAGUGACCGUUUGGAGGUGGUAGCGGGGAGUUUAAGGGGAGUGGUGGGUUCCUGCUGAUGGCUGCGUGAUCGUAUGUGCAAAAACAUGGCGUCUUUGAUGGGAUGCGUCCAGGCGGUCAUGUGAUCGAUGCCGAAAUCCCGACACCACUUAGGAGACAGGUGCUGGAUCACCGACUUGCGACGUCCCAAAGAUGAGUAUUGAGGGUUAGGGACCAUAGCCGUCACCCCCCCCCAAGGGUUAGUGUGUGGGGGAGGGGGGUGGGGGGGAGAAAUACAUACCUCCUCCAAAGUAGGGAUCUUCAGUGUCAGUCAUGUGACUGGCGGCAUCCCGUCCCUUGGGAUUUCAUAUGUCUGAGUCGCUACUGCUGUGGCCAGUCUGUGUAGCCAUAGACCAACCCUUAGCUUCGAUGUUCUCCGUAAUUGCGUAUAGUCCGCUAAUAUGGAUGCAAUAGCAGUGACAGUGUAUUAUGGGAGGUGAUGUAGUUCAGCAACAGCCUGAGGGUGGAAACUGCCUGGGGCGAUUCAGUUGCAGGUGAUGACCCACACAGGUGUGCAGGAUGACUGGCGAUGUUGGCCUUCCAUAUUCUGCCCUGUUGUGCCCAGCUGAGCAUUGCGUCCCGAAGUUGUGGAGAAAUGAAGACGGACCUAAGACUCCAGUUUGCAUGUGACAAUUUAGCAACUGAUUAAAAACAAAGGAGAGCAAAGGAUCUGCAGCCCAAGAUUCUAGAAGAACUCAUCAUUCUGACAGUCCACCCGUUACCGAUUCGGUUUCUCAAUAAUUUCUAUGUAACAGAAAAGUUACAACUAACUGGAUCAGACAAUGGCUGGUAAUAACUUCUCUGAUCUCCCUUGUGUCUUAAUCAGCAGUGACGUUGACUUUUUUCACAUUGAAUGUAUGGGAUCACUUUCAUUUAUUUUUCCCUCAUUGCCGUCUUUAUUAAAUUGUCAACUUCUAUUAAUAUUGCCGCUAGUUCACCAAUAUCAUGUCUAACAGACAGCUUGAUGCUGCGAUGAUUGCAAAUGAGGACCUAGAGCCAAGUAGCAUUCUGUACCCACACAGCAGCCGGCCUUCGUUUGCUCAUCCGUUUGCUCUAAGAAAGGACUAGGGGCCUUAUUCAGGUUUGUUAGCAAACUAAACAAAAACACACUAAUGGGCAAAACCAUGUGCACUGCAGGUGGGGCAGAUGUAACAUGUGCAGAGAUAGUUAGAUUUGGGUGGGGUGUGUUUAAACUGAAAUCUAAAUUGCAGUGUAGAAAUAAAGCAGUCAGUAUUUAUCCUGCACAGAAACAAUAUAACCCACCCAAAUCUAACUCUCUCUGCACAUGUUACAUCUGUCCCACCCACAGUGCAGCAUGGUGUUGCCCAGUUGCUUGCGUUUUUGGUUUGCUAACGAACCUGAAUAACCCCCUUGAUUAGUGUACCCAUGCAGCCUGAGCAUAGAGGUAGUCCCAACAGCUUGCAUUGCAGCAUUUUAGUAUUGGGCUCGCUUGUUGUGCCACGGUUCCCCAGUAUAUAGGGGAUGUAGUUAUGUAGUAUGGCCCCCAGUAUAUAGGGGAUGUCAUUAUGAGACCGGCGGUUGGGAUCCCGGUGGUCAGCAUACCGACGCCAGAAUGCAGACGGGGCCGAGGACUAUUCCCACUCCUCCUGGGUAUCCACGACACCCAUGGAGUGGGAACAGAACCUGUGGCGAGCGCAGUGACCAUGAGGCUUCAUUGCGAUCGCCCCCUUCCCCGCACCAAGCCCCCCUCCCCCCCAGCGCCAUUCUUGUGGUCGGAAUCUGGAACACCGGUCUCGAAUACCUAACGCGUAUAUACUGUAUAUAGGGGAGACCUAAGGAGAGCCAGCCAGACCCAUAGGCAGGACAUACUGUAUGUGCUGUCAUUAGAAAACUGUUGCAGACGGAUGGGUGAUUUAUCUUUGCAAGAAGCCUUUAUAGGAUUAUGUAGGCAAUAACUUCAAAUUGAAUGGAGAAGGCCUUUCACUUAGAAUACCUGAGUAAUGUAAUUCAGACUUCUGAUAAUUCUACAUCAGAGAUGUCCAGCUGAUGACCUAUGGGCCAUAUUCAUUUUUUAUUCAUUUGCUGACAUUAUAGUACUGUAUAAUAUGCUGUCAUGUUUUUAAUAUUGCUCUGUGCACAGUUAUAAUACAUGAGUGGUCCUUCUCGGGUACAUACUUUGGUGAUUAUUAGCACCUAGAUGAAAGGGUCAGUUUGAAUGUUUCCUCUGUCAUCUUUAACACGAUGCCUAUGCACAUACAUCACGCAUAUGUUUAGCCACGUCGGGCUGCGUAUAGUCACAUCCGUGGGCACUCGUGUCGUGAUCUUCUUACCACGAUGCGUACACAUGGCAGGUAAGAUGACAGAGAACCCAUCUGUAAUAAAUCUGUCAUUAAUUUAUUGCAUUGGACAAGUAUAGGGUGACUUUAAUGGACUGACGAAACUUUGUCAGAGUGGCGUGCGUCUUUUCUGAUUCCGUAAGUAAAAAUAUGAAUUAGUCAUGAUAUAGCCUAGUAGACUCUAGUACACCUGAGAGCUUGUGCAUUAAAACCUAUAGCUGUACUCUUUAAAUAUUUUCUCUGUCUAUUUGGGGUAAAUGUAAUAGUCUGCGAGAUGAAGGCAUCUCCGUGACUCCGGCGAGCCAGCCCAAUUUUUUUUUUAAAGCGGCAGUCAUUUAAAAGGCAAAACCGUCUUGACUUUUAAAUUAUUGUCGUGUUAAACAAUCGGGCCAUCUCGCUGGAAUCGGGUUGAUUCCUUCAUCUCGCCGGCGGUUAUUUUUCACCCAUAGAGGAGUAUUCAAUCUGAAUUUUCGACAGGGCGGAAAGACAGCGCUUUUCACAGAUAACCGACACUUUUCGACACUUCAAUAUUCAAUUGAAGUGCCGGUUUUUCACCCUGUCGAAAAUUCCGAAAUGUCGAGAAAAACAUAUAUGAGCAGAAUCUCUGCUCAUCCGUGUGUUUUUCACCCCGCCGCGGUCGAAAACGGGUCCAUUUUCGACCAUUCAUUUUCGGCCAUAAGAGUGGAUGAAAAUGAAUGGUCGGAAUCAGAGGGGAAACGGGCGGAAACCGACCUCAAUAGAAUACUGAAGUGUCGGAUCCUUAGUGUCGGAGAGGAUCCGACACUAAUUGAAUAAUCCCCUUAGGGGGAGAUGUAUACAGCAAUGUAAAGACUGGAGAAGUUGCCCAUAGCAACCAGCUUUGUGGUAGUAUUUACCAGGCACAUUCUAUAAAAUAUGUAGAAGCUGAUUGGUUUCUAUGGGCGACGUCUCCUCUGGUGUGCGUCUACACUCUUUAUACUGCGUGAUAUUUCUCUUCCGUAGUGUUGUUCUUAAAUAUAGAGGGUAGUAAUUAAAAUGUUGGCUGUGGGUUCCCCUUGAGUUGUCUUGCAGAAUUGCCUGACGUUCUGGAGUAUCAGCAGCUUUUGCCUCAAGUCAUCAAGCUGCUGUCCGCUCUCUGCCAAGUGCUGAAAGGUCCGUGCAGGGAAAGCAUACUCUGAAACAUGGCUGAGGAUAAUGGUCAUUUCUGUAAUACAGCUAAGUGGGUUGAAGGCCACGUCGGCUUGUCGGAAACCUAUAAGCUGACAAGGUGGUCUCUUGCCUUCUGUUCGCCUGUCACCCAGGGCCAUGAAUCUUCUAGGUCAAGGUGACCUUCUGCUAUGUUCUUGCAGCUAUCACCGCAAGCUUGACUUGCAUUGUUACUAGAAGUCGUCCUGCCCACCUUAAAAGAACAGGUAAAGAUAUGUUUGUCCUAGAUAAUGUAUGUUAGGAUGAGCCAGACGUGUAGAACAAUGGCUGCAAUAAACGGGUGGAAUCUAUUCUCAUGACCCCUGCCCUCCGCUAAGUUAGCUCCAUCUUGCAUAGCCUUUUUAUUCCUACUACAUGAAUAUCCACAGAGACUGGAGGCCCUGAAUGCUGGAGAAGAAGAGCCAGUAGCGCCUUUGUUCCCUCUGUAGUCACUAUUAUGCACUGUUCUAAGUAUGUUUUGUUGCAUCCUAUUCAGCCGCUUAUGGGAAAUAUUCUGUUACUCUGUAUUUUAUGCAAAUAAAGGAGAAAAUAAC